AAAGUUUUUUACUUUCCUGAUUCUUGGCGGUUUUGGGGAUUUUUUGUGGCUGAUCCAUCUGUAGUUGAUUAAAAGAAGUUUUUUUUUUCGGCCUAUCCUGUUUUUUUUUCCCCCUCGAUGAGAUGCCAAUGAAUCACAGUAAACUUCUGUGAUUCAUUGUUAUUUGAUAUGAUCAGAUUAAAACUCUCUGAUGGAGAUAUCGUCUUGGAUUGGGCCUGACCUCCCGACUCACAUGCCAAAGGAUGAAGCCUCACGUUCUGAAGAUCGACAGGAUUGGGGGUUUUCGAGGAGUUGCAUUUGAUGAUUGUGUUAGUCAUUGAAGAAGCCAUCUAUCCACUGUGGUCUGGAAGGCAUUGAUGCUCCAUGUCAACUGGGAUUUCAGCUAGCUGGAUCAACACUACUUUAGAUGGUCGAAGAGGACCUGAUCAUUCACUCUUCAGAUGCAGGAGGGCCUACUUCACAUUCAUGCAAUCUUAUUGGUUGCAAACAGCAAAUGAGUUAUCUGUUUCGAGAGUUCAGGUUGCUGCAAAUUACUCAGACUCAGUACCUGAUUCAUCUAAUCAUAACAGAAAUCAUGGAUAUCACCCGCUUGAAGAACUGAAAGAAUGUGAGAAGAACAAAAACAAGAACAUGAAGCUUGCAGAUGCUGAAAUAGCUAGAACAGUAGUUGAGGCUAAUAGCAAGGCUUUGGUAAUAUUUCCUGGAGGGAUACAUAAUGAACCCCAUCGUCAUGCUUCAUGGGCAGAAUUUCACUAUGUCAUUGAUGACUAUGGAGAUAUAUUUUUUGAGUUAUUCAAUGAUGAAAAUAUUUUGCAAGAUCCAAAUGCAAGCAGUCCUGUGAUAGUUCUGAUAGGUUAUGAUUCCCCUAUAUAUGGAGAAAAGAAUGCAAUUUUUGACACCCUUGAAAUGGAUGAAGAAGAGGGUAUUGGUUUGCCCGAGUUCAAGGAGAUUGAUGAUACAGAAGUAACUGAUACUCUUAUAAGUUGGGGCAUGCCAGAUACUCUGCGUUACACUCAUCCUCUAUAUUUUGCGAAAUGUCUAACAAAGGUCGUCCAGACAAAAUUUCAGAAGGUGGAUUUACCAUCAAAUGGGCUUCAAAUUUUUGGUUGUCUAAGACCUGCUUUAAUAGAUGAAGAAUCUUAUUUGAGGGGGUUAUUUUACCAUAAUGAAGACAACUAUAUUUCAGAUUGUCGAGAUGGGGGGUUGCUGAAUUUUAACACCAAACAUGUUGGUAGGACAAUUAGCUCAACAUUUUAUAAGCUGGAGAUCAUGACAAUGGAUUUAAGUUCUGUAUAUGGUGACCAGUCAAUAAUUAAUCUGCAAGAUUUUCAAGAUGCAGAACCUGAUCAGCUUGCAAAUUCUGCGUCAGCAAUUAUGGAGCGGAUUAAUGAAUAUGGAGCACAGAGCAGUGUUGCUCUGAAAGCUCUCUGUCGCAGGAGGAAAGGGCUUAAUGUUGAGGUAGCAAAUCUCAUCGGUGUAGAUAGUCUUGGCAUAGAUGUCAGAGUAUAUUGUGGGAUGGAAGCUCGCACUCUUCGUUUUCCAUUUAGUGCUAGAGCAAUUUCUGAAAGUGCUGCUGAAAGGAAGAUCAAGAAAAUGCUUUUCCCACAGUAUCACAGGAAAAACCUAAGAACUGCCACAGAUGAGCUUAGGGAACUGUCCUGUACAAGGAGCAGACGAGCAGUGCCCAUUUGUUGCUUUGAAGUUGAAUUUUGAAAUGGAAGCAUAUGACGAAGACAUCCAUGGGCGCGUAGAACGGAUUUACUGAAAUAAUCAGAUCAUUACCAACUUGACAUUUGUGCGAUCUUGUAAUAAAUAAAGUUAGUAGCACACAUGCUGUCAAUUGAGGGAGUAAGCACAACUGUUAUCACAUUGUCUGCAAUUAAAUUUUUUUAUUUUUAUGUUAA